AAUAGCAGGACAAAGUGAAACCCUAAAAAGAGGUCCUCAGAGUCCGAAGCUGCGGAGGUGCCCUUAGCGUGGACCUCGGAAAGCUCUCUCUCUCUACUGGUAGAGGAUCUGAUAGAAACAAGGGCAUCUCAGCAAGCCAGUGUUGUGGUACUAUGGGCUCUAGCCGCCCCGAUCGAUCGCGCCGCUGUCUCUCACUCUCUCUCAGCUUCACAUAAGACCCAACUCACAGCCCACACCCUCAAGCCACCGUCUUUGGCUCUCAUUUCAGCCUCUUCACUGCUAUAUCCAAGAGAUGAAGAAAAAGAAGCAUAAUCCUGUAACUGAUUCCAGACCUGAUGCUGAUUUGAAGUCUAUCAUUCAUCAGCAUUCUCUGUUCUUUGACAAGUUAGUUGAGUUAAUCCCUGCAAAGUUCUAUCUACCCAAUGACGAUAAGGAUAGGCCAUGGUUUCAGGGCCUCAGCAAGGCCAAAAAAGCUUCUGCAAAGAAGGAAUCAAGGGAGAACAUUAAGAAAGCUCGAAGAGAUCGUUUGGAUCCAGAAAAGUCUUCCACGACAACCCUUGAUUUGCUAAAGCAAAGCUUGGAGAAGGAAAAAUUGAAUGAGAGCGACGAUGAGGAAAUAGAGAUUAAACCUAUGCUGUCCAGCCUUGAAGGUAAUGAUCGACAGGUGACGUUAGAAGAACUUCGGCAACGGCUGCAUCAAAAAAUCGAACAGUCCCGAGCAAAUCGGGAUCCUGGAGUUUCAAACAGAGCAAAGAAGCGGAAUGAGAGAGAGAACAAGAGAGGAAUUCAGCAGAAGAAGCGCAAGAGAGACUCUGUUUCCGAAGAAAAGAUACCAACAACUAGUAGUUCUGCAGAUAAAGUGGAGAAGGAUGUAAUAGAAGCUUCAAGGGGACUCGCAUUUGGUCAUGUCAAACUUGGUAGUGAGGAAGAGCAUGGAAAGAAGAAAAAGAUGAAACUUUCAAAGUUUAAGGAGCUUGAAAGGGCAAAGAAAUUGGAAGAAGCAAAGAAAGAUCCUGAGAAAGGCGAGAUUAUCUCAAAGAAGCAUUCAUGGAAAGCAGCAACAAGUAGAGCAGCCGGGAUGAAGGUUCAUGAUGAUCCAAGCCUGUUGAAAAGGAGCAUACAGAAGGAGAAGAAGAGGCAUCAGAAGAAUGCUGAGAAAUGGAAGGAGAGGCGGCAGACCACAGAUAAGAUGAAAGGAGAGAAGCAGCAAAAGAGAUCAGAAAAUAUAGCACAUAGGAUUCAAGACAAGAAAAUGCGGCGAAUUGCAAAAAGAGAGAAAAAGCUAAUGCGUCCAGGAUUUGAGGGUCGUAAGGAAGGUUUUAUUAAUGAAGGUGCCUCCUCCUAAACAUUAUAUGAGCUUCUGCCUCUUUUAUUGCCUUUUCUCCUUUGCUUUUAAAUGAGUUGGCAUAAACCCCAUUUCAUAAUUCAUGGAAAAUUUUACUUUGUGGGAUUCUGCUAUAUAGAUCCCCCACACUACCCCUUUCUUUCCCCUCUUCGCCUCUUCAACUUGGUAGACGAAUGUUGUUGAAGAAUUGACUUUCAGUUGAUAGCUGCAAAUGUUUGUCGCUGAUAUUAGGUCUUUUUAGCCCAGAGGAAGUUAUCUUCUCUA